AUGUUUGUGCUCAGGUGUACUUCGCAUCGCUGGCUAAAAUCCCUAGCAAGUUUGCCAUCAAACGGUGGAGUGAAACAGUUUUCAAACCGGUAUCUGGAAGCUGGACCGCGGCCUACGCUUGAACCUUCGCUACUGAAUGGGUUCUGUUAUCGGUUGGCCACCGAAGAAGAUCGUCCAAAAGUUAAGGACGGGCUGGAACGUUAUUUUUUCCCGGAGGACCCGUUCAACUGCAGCCAUCGGGAUGGAAGUGCUUACGAGAUAGAAGAUAUGGACCAUUAUCUAGGAAUGUUGAAUAAUGGUAUCGUAAUUUUGGCUCUGGAUGCAAAAACCAAUCAAUUGGCGGGAUUUUUGGGUGCAACAUUCUGUGGCCCUGAUCAUCUGGACAUCUUGCAGCAGAGAGCUUCUAAUGCCAGCACAAAAAAGUACAAAGAUAUUGCUCAUCUUUUGGCGCAUCUCAUGAGCCAAGCAAGGGUCUUCGAUAGAUUUGAAGUCGAUCAGGCAUACCACUUCCAGUAUGGAGCAGUUAAUCCGAAAUUUCGCGGUAAUACCUUGACCUCCGUUUUGAUGCAGAAACACGUGCAACUGGCUCUCAGCUGUGGAGUGCGGGUUUUCUCGGCCGAUUGCUCCGGACCUUUUGCGGCGCGUUCUUGUGAGAGAAUCGGAAUGGAAUGUGUCUACAAGCUGCCUUACACAGAAUAUCGAAAUGAGCAAGGCCAACAGGUGUUCCAAGGGAGGCUAGACUAUACGGAGAUGAGGUCUUACGUUCUGAAAGUUUAG